CUAUAGCUUCCUCCAUAGUCACCCAACUACGAACGACUCUUCAAGAAGUUGAAGCAAUUAUAAGGAUCACUUCCUUCCCCUCCAUUUCCUCCCCCUUUAUUUAUUUAUCUGUUGCUGCUUUAUUAUCAUUUAAAAUCAGUGCAAUAGGCAGAUUGGGAAAGUAAGAGAGAGAGAGAGAGAAGGAAAUCAAAGUGGGUUCUUGGUAGUUCAAUAUCCCCACCCCACCCCACCCCACCAUGGUCAACAUCAAGCACAACCCACAAUUCUCCAUGUCUGAGAGCAGAUUCUUGGUGGGUUCUUGGGGAAUUUUAUGAAUUGCAGAGCGGAUCUGUUCCGAAAUUCAAGGAGAGUCGGAGGAGGGAGGGUAUAUAGAAGAAACUGCCCUAAGGGCGUGUUUGGCUGGAGAUGGAGUUCUGCUGUUGGGGUUGGGACAGACAGAGAGCCUAUGACUUGUUUCCAGGGGAGCAACCUCUCCCCUUUUCUCUCCCUUCUCCUCUUCCUCAAUGGCCUCAAGGUCUCUCUCUCUCUCUCUCUGAAUUUCCACUGCUAAAGAUUAUGUUUUUAUUAUUAAUUUUCUGCAAUUUUAUCAGUUCUAUUACAUUGAUCCAUGAUAGUGAAUUUUUUUAGUUGCCUGGUCACAGUUAUUACAUUCAUUUGAUCAAUAAGUGUUUUUUUUGAGUAAAAAUAUUCUGCAAAUUUAUCAUUUCUUUUGAUCCAUGAUAGUGAUUUUUCUCUAUAUUUAUUGAUUUGAUCAAUAAUUGUUUUCUUCCUAUGGUAUGAGGAAAAGAUAUGUCCCCAAACCCUUAUGUUGUAUAGACAACACACAUGCAGGCAAAAUGUUUGCAUAUAUGCCUGUGUGGAAUAGAGAAGACAGUGAUGAUAUGUAGAUUUGUAUUUGUGAAAUUGUUUGUACUUUGAAUUUUUCAAAAUUAAAAAUUGGUGGAUGUUUUGAUACCUAGAUUGGAUUUUUUUUUGGAAAAAAACUACAUUUUGUAUAAUCUUUUUUCAAUUCUCUGUCAUUUCUCAAAUCUUUUCAAUACUUUGAUCCUUUAAAAAAAACCUGAAGGUGAAGGUUUUGGCAAGGGAAGAAUAUGCCUAGGGGAGAUUGAAGUGAUUCAAAUAACUCAGUUUGAAAAAGUAUGGAGUAUCAAGUCAUCAUUUGGGAAAUCAAACAGUGUGACAUUUUAUCAGCCGGUUGAUGUACCAAAAGGGUUUUCUGUUCUUGGCCAUUAUUGUCAGCUUGAUGGCAAGCAGUUGAGUGGCUAUGUUCUUGCCGCUAGAGAUUGCUCUGGCUGCAUUGCCGGAUCAAACCUCCCUCCUCUAGAGAAACCCCUGAGCUACACUUUGGUCUGGACUGCUGAUGCUUCUUCUUGUACCGGGUCGGGUUACAUUUGGCUUCCAAAUGCCCCCGAUGGGUACAAACCGAUGGGCUUUUUGGUAACCAUUAAGCCCGAUGAGCCUGACCUUGAAGAUGCUAUUUGUGUUCGGGCCGAUCUUACUGAACCCGCAGAUGCAUGUGCCUUGAUUUUCACUACGAGUAAAACGAUUUUCAAUAAGAAGCAGUUUCAGGUUUGGACAACAAGACCCGGCAAGAGGGGUGUUGACUGUAAGGGCGUUUCAGUCGGGACAUUCUUUUGCGGCACAUCCGCUGAUGACCUCAGCAUUGCUUGCUUGAAGAACUUGGACUCCACCCUACACGCCAUGCCAAACCUUGAUCAGAUCCAUGCUCUCAUCCAGCAUUACGGACCGACUGUUUACUUCCAUCCAAACGAGGUUUAUCUGCCUUCGUCCGUUCCGUGGUUCUUCAAAAGUGGAGCCCUCCUGUACAAAGAUGGCAACGAUAUCGGUACAGCCAUCGACCCCGCGGGAGCAAACCUGCCAGCUGGCGGGAAAAACGACCGAGAGUUUUGGAUCGAUUUGCCUUACGACGAGGAAAAGAGAAACAUCGUCAAAUUUGGUAACAUCGAGAGUGCCAAGCUUUAUGUUCACGUGAAACCGGCUUUGGGCGGGACCUACGCGGAUAUCGUGAUGUGGGUAUUUUGCCCGUUCAACGGGCCCGCGACCCUAAAGGCGGGGCUGAUGAGUUAUGACAUGAACAGAAUUGGGGAGCACGUUGGGGACUGGGAGCACUACACGCUCCGCAUUAGCAACUUCUCAGGGGUACUUUGGUCAAUGUAUUUCUCCGAACACAGCGGAGGCGAGUGGCUUCCCGCGGGCGAGUUGGAGUUCAUAAGCGGGAACAAGCCUGUCGUCUAUUCUUCGAGAAACGGGCACGCCAGUUUCCCUCACCCGGGUUGUUACAUCCAGGGGUCUUCGGUGCUAGGGAUAGGGGCAAGGAACGAUUGCGACCAGAGCAAAUAUUCGGUGGAUUCGAGCUCAAAGUAUGAGAUUGUCGCGGCAGAGUAUCUCGGGGAGGGAGUGGUCGCGGAGCCUCAUUGGCUGCAGUUCAUGAGGGAGUGGGGCCCGCGAGUCGAGUAUGAUUCGGCAUCCGAGCUGGAUAAGAUAAUCAACCACCUUCCAUUUUACGUCAGGUUUUCUGUCGAGAGUCUGUUCGAACUCUUCCCGACCGAGCUGUACGGUGAAGAGGGGCCCACGGGACCGAAAGAGAAGGACAAUUGGUUAGGGGAUGAAAGGUGCUGAUUGAUUGUAUCUCUUAUUACCUCGGCACAUUUAUAGUAUAUAUAUUCAUUGGGACAUCAGAAGUGCUGCAGAUCCCUUUGUAUCUUCCUUGCCAAACCGAAGGCCUCGUUUGGGUUCACGUGGUGUUCGGGAUUCAGUUGCCUACGCACGGGCAUUUCCCGGGGUGCCAAUCCAAACGAGGCCUAGAAGCAAGGUAAAAUAUGUAUGUAUAUAUAGUAAGGAGUGUGUGGCAGUUGAUAGUCAUUCAGUUGUAAACUCUAUUUGGGCAAUUGGGAAAUGGCAAAAAUUCACAGGUAGUGUAUGAAAACAGGGGAAACUUUAAAUAUGUGUUGUGUAUAGUUCUAGUGUUGUUGAAUUUAAGCCUGAAUUUUCGUGUAUU